AUGGCGAAUCCCGCCGCUCCGACGGGCGUGGGCGUCGGCCAAUCACGGCGCGGCUCCAUAGGCGGCUGGCUUCGCCCCUGGCCCAAUGAGUCUUCUAAGGACACUGCCGCGAACGGGGCGGGGGAAGUGACUGGAGAACAUUCAUCUGGAAGUGGCAUUUCUGAGCAGCAAUGUAAGCGAAAGCCAGAAUACGGACACACAGACACUUGGCUAUACACGGGUCUAAUCACGCACGGCCGGGAACUGGAAAAGCUCUCUGCUCGGACAGCGUCGGCCUUGCAGCGGUGCGUCAUAGCGUCCCUCCCCCGAGCUGAGAGCGCCCGGGCGGCCGCAGGAGCCUCGGCGCUGCACCGGGACGCCCUACCCGGCCUCCUGCUCCUGGCCCGCGCCCGCGGCCCCCAGGAAGCGGGAGAGCUCCGGGAAGGGCAGGGGAAUGGGCCAGGGGAGGCGCCAGGCGGCCUCUGCACUCGCUCAGCCGCAGGUCGCGGAGACCCACUCCCGGGCGCGCCGUCCUCAGCGGAGAGCGGGGGCGCCGUGCACCGGGGCGCCCCAGCCCGCGUGCCAGCCGCGCGCCGCCGCCGCGGUUCUCCUCCGGCUGCUCCCCCCACCCCGUCCCGCCCCGUCCCACCCCUCCUCCCUGCCGGCGAAGGCAGAACAAUAACCCGAGCGCGCCGGGGAAGCGGAGACUCCCGGGCAGAAGGCCAAUGCGAGGGGAGUUCCGAGGGGGCAGUCCCCGCGCACGGCGCGCUCCCGUGGGGGUCCCGGCCCGACGGGAUCGCGGCCGCUGGCUGGCCCCUGGGCACAGGAGGCCACGUGGACGACGAUUUAGCACCAGCUGUGGGUGAGGGGCUUCUCCUCAGCCCCGCCGCCACUUCCGCCACCUUUCUCAGUUAUCAAACCCAUGUUUCUCCAGUCAGGACCUAAACUGAAGGUGGGUCAAGAGCAAACUAUAGGUUAUGAGCCAUCCUAGUCACAGAAGGCACCCUCAAGCCCUUCAAAAAACUAUAAGGAUUUGGGGGCCCCAAGGUCAGGCCGAGCCACCAGGGUUAAGACUCAGAAAUAUUAGGGGUGCCUGGGUGGCUCAGUUGGUUGAGCAUCUGCCUUCAACCCUUCCUAUCUCAGGGUCCUGGGAUCGAGCCCCGUGUCAGGAGCCUCUGCCUCUCCCCCUGCUUGUGCUCCCUCUCUCUCUCUCUCUCUCUCUCUCUGUGUGUCAAAUAAAUAAAUUAAAUAUUUUUUUUAAAAGACUCAAAAAUGAUAAUGUCAUCAUUUAUUGAAAUUUAUUUUAUGCUAGGCAAUCUCCUGUGAGUUUUAACAUUGUUUCUCAUUUCAUUUUCACAAUAUUGUGAGGUGGAUAUUACUACCCUCAUCUUAGAUUUAAGAAAACAACAGGGUAGUGGCUAGCUGCCCAAUGUCACCAGGCUGGUGAAUGGUAGACUAGGACUCAAAUCCUAGUCCAGCCCCAAAGCCUAAACUCUAAUCCUCUCUCAACCAGGGGAGGAAAUUAAAGGCUGUCCCCAACUACGAGGAAAUGGGGACUUAUCCUGAGGUGGGGGAGGGUUGCAGUAUUCCUCCGUGUGUGUCACUAGGGGCCAGGUCGGUGGUUAUGGGGGGGGGUGCCAAAGUCUGCGCAGGGUCACCAUGACAAUCACCUGUGCCCCUUUGGACCUUGAUUCUGGUUUUUCUAAGGAAAACCUGUCGACCUAAAAGAGCAAGACUUCUUUGAGCGGAGUCCUCCUCCCUACAUCGUGCCAUGAAGUCUGGGGACCACACUUCCAUCCCCCGUGGGCAGAAGAGUCAGGUCUUUGCAGCAGCAGGACAGCAAAUCCCUAACCAGGAACGGCCACAGCACCAGCCUCUGUCAGCUGUGGUGAGGUGCGCCCCGGGCAAGCCACAACAGGGCAGGCAGCAGUGUUUUACCAGACAAGGGUCUGGAGAGGCAGGCUGACAGGGGGAGGGGCCUUGAGCUGAGACGGGUUGGCAGUGGCUCCAGAGAUGAGCCAGCUCUAGGCCAGCAGGCGUCCGAAGGGUCCCAGCCACUAAUAGGGCUUUGUGGAGACAGCCCCAGGCUGGAGGUGU